UGGGAAUUGGAACAAUCAGAAUUAAGCUGGCAGCAUGCAUUCUGUCCUCCCUCUGCUGGCUCUAUGGGCUGUGCUGGCAGGAUAUUCAGAAACGGUACAUCUUCCCCACGUGCAGACCUAUGAAAGGGUAAUCCCCCAAAGGCUUCACCUGGAAAGAUUAAAGAGGGACCUGGCACAGAAUCUCUACCCAGAACAUGCACGCUACGCCCUGAGAUUUGGAGGCAAGAAUUACACCAUAACGUUACAAAAGAACAGAGAACUACUGAGCAAAGACUAUACUUUAACAUAUUAUUCGGAAAAUGGAACAGAGGUGACCGAAGCCCAAAAUGGGCAGGAUCAUUGCUUCUAUCACGGACAUGUGGAAGGUGAAAGUGAGUCAGCAGCCAGUAUCAAUACCUGUAAUGGCAUAAGUGGGUUCGUGCAUGUUGAAGGACAGAUGUAUCUGAUUGAGCCAUUGACAGGGGCUGGUGAACAGGGGGCACACGCUGUUUAUAAACAUGAGCACCUCAGAUUGAAGAGAGGGGUCUGCCAAGGGAGCAAUGCAACAACUAUUUACGAUUAUGGACCCAAAGUAGCAGCGAUGCUUAAACCUCAGCCAUGGAGAGCUGCUACCCUGCAGUCCGGAACUAAAUACGUGGAGCUUUACCUUGUUGUGGACAAUGCUGAGUAUGUUAAAUACAAAGACAUGGCUACCGUGCAUCAUCGCAUGAAAGAAAUUGUUAAUCACGUGGACAAGUUGUACCGUACCUUAAAAUUCCGUGUGGCUUUAAUUGGCAUGGAAGUGUGGACGAAUAAAGACAAGAUCACCGUGAGCACCAAUGCUGGUAAAACUCUUGAUAAUUUCCUGAUGUGGCGCAAGACUGAUCUUCUUCGCAAGCGGCGGCAUGAUAACGCACAGUUAAUCACUGGGAUUGAAUUUGAAGGUACUACAGUGGGGUUGGCCACCAAGUUGGCUAUGUGCACUGGGGAUUCUGGUGCGGUCAAUCAAGAUCACAGUUUAAAUCCCAUUGGUGCUGCCUCAACAUUGGCUCAUGAAAUGGGGCAUAACCUUGGCAUGUCCCAUGAUGAAGAUGUGCCAGGUUGUCAUUGCACAGAAACUAGAGAAAAUGGUGGCUGUGUUAUGUCGAAAAGUGUGGGGAUCGUCUACCCCAAGAUGUUCAGCAGCUGCAGUUUAACAGACUUACAAACCUUUUUAAAUGAAAUGAGUCCUACUUGUCUACUCAACACCCCUGAUACUAACCAGCUCUUUGGAGGGCCAGUAUGUGGAAACCAGUUUGUCGAGAGUGGAGAAGAAUGUGACUGUGGAAGUCUGGAGGAUUGCCUCGAUCCCUGCUGCAAUGCAACCACAUGCCGGCUGAAGGAAGGAGCACAGUGUGCUCAGGGAGAAUGCUGUCAGCAGUGCAAGAUUCGGCCGGUCGGUGAGAUGUGUCGCACUAAGAAGGGGGAAUGUGAUUUGCCGGAAUAUUGCAAUGGGAAUUCUGCUGAAUGCCCCGAGGAUGCCUUCCAGGAAAAUGGAGUUACCUGCUUGAAUGGAUACUGCUACAACGGAGAGUGCCCAUCCCUCAUUCAGCAGUGUAGGGCCUUGUGGGGCUCAGAGGCCCAGGUUGCUCCAGGCAGUUGCUUCAAGAAUAACAUCCAGGGCAACAAAUAUCUGCACUGCAAAAAGACAGCUAAUGGAUAUCGAGAAUGUAAAAGCAAGGAUGUUAUGUGUGGGCGCUUACACUGUACCAGAGGCAAAGAAUUCCCAACAACCAACAACAAAUACGUACUGAUAAUGUCUGGUGGGAUCGAAUGCAAAGUGGCUGAAUCAGCAGAUAGGGAAAGCGGGUUAACAUCUGACCCAGGAAUGGUCCUUUCUGGCACCAAAUGUGGCAUGGGCAUGGUCUGCUUUGAAGGAGAGUGUCGAGAUCUUUCGGUGUUUGGAGAAAAGAAUUGUUCCGCAAAAUGCAACGACCGUGGGGUUUGCAAUCACAAGAGGCAAUGCCAUUGUGAACCAGGUUGGGCCCCACCAUACUGCGACCACAAGUUCACUGAGAUAACUGGAGAUGAAGAAAAAUGGGUUCUUGUUGCUGGGAUUUUGGUGGCGGUUUUACUGUUUGCCGUCUUGAUUGUAGGAGGGAUUUUUUACUACAAAUGGAGGCAAAGGAACUAUCCUCAAAAAAGAACGGUCACUGCAAGCUCCCGCUCUUCAGGGUUGUCCAAUCCUCUCUUCCAAGACAGCAGAAGCAACAGCAGACCCAUCAAGAAAAGCUUACCAAAUCACAUGAUUGGGCGUCCCCAGCUGAUUGCUAGCACUUCUAACCUUGAAGACUCUAGGUCUGCAUUCAUCACUAUAAUCCCAAAUGAGGACAUAGAAGAGAUUCCCACAUUUGUUCUGGAUUCCCAGCUGAAGUCUCCGAUUGAAAUUCCAAAAUCACCCCAGGUAACAAAACCUAGAAUUGCUCCUCCUGGACCACCAGCCAAGCCUGUCAAUGCACCAGCCAGACCUGUAAUUCCACAGGCUCCAAUCCCUCCAAACAAGCCUUUGCCUGCUCUGAAAACAAAACCAGAAUUGAAACAGAAACCAUCACCCCCUGUGAAACCAUCACCACCUGUGAAACCAUCCGCAGUAAGAAUGCCGCCUAUGCCCUCACAGAAAGUGGCCCUGAGGCCUCCUGUCCAGCGGAGAUGACACUUUACUUGCACUACAGACCAACUCGGACUACCCAAAGAUUUAGAGAUUGUGCAGAAUCUCACUGCAAUGGUGCCUCCUGCUGUUGACUGCACACAAAGCUCAUGUUGUGCCUUAUAAGAAUGAAUAUGAAGAUUACGGAUGGUUUCACAACAAAAAUGUUGUGGUUUCCGAAGACUCCGUGUUAUGGAGGGAGAAAGAGUACUCUUUAGGAAGAUUCCACUAUGAGCCGUAGUGGUUAUGGUUAGAGAGCCCCUUUCUCAGUAAACCAUGCAAUGGAAGCGCAUUACAGAUUCUUUCUGUAGAUUUAAUACUGAACUGGAAACCAUAAAGUGAAAUGUUGAAGUGCUGGCUAUGCUCAGCAUCUGAAAUAUUGCACCAGGAUUAUCCUCAUCAUGAGGAUCAAACAAACUAUUUAUACUGAAAGACUUACUGAGAGGAGAAAUGGAUAGAAGAAUUCAGGCCUUCUAAAUGGCCAGAGCUUGUUUCAAGAGGGUUUAAGUAAGCCAAAUGCUUUAUGGGACCUUUUAUUCGGCAGCACUGCAAUAUUUGCACUAUUUUGUCUCUAAAGAAGACCUGGUGCAGAACAAAUCUGUUUCCAAUGAAACACCUGCUGUUUAUAUAGGUCAAUCUAAAUACACCCUUUAAUUUGCACUGGCUUAUGUAUACUUUUCUUUUGUCUUUAGCAAAAAAGGAGUUCUUUUAUAUUUUCAACAAUGCUGAUUCCCCUCGCCACACAUAUUUAACAUGUAGGAAAUACAAUCCGACAGAAGAAUGCAUAAAUAGCGUGUCAUUCUUGUUACAAAAAAAAAGACUGUUUUUUUACUUCUACAUUCCAAGAACCACAUUCAGUAUUUAUCUUAUCAGGAUAGCUGCCCUGAUGCGGAACAUACUGCACUUAAGAGGGUAUCCUAUCACUGAUAAUCUACAGUAAUUUACAGGUUGCGCCAUCGCUUACACAGAUUGGUGUGUUUUUACUGGAGAUAGAUCACCUGUUUACAUAUUUUAGGUACAAGUGUAUGCAUGUUUUUUUCAUAGAUGCAAUUCUCUGCACUGAAUUAUAGGUACACAUCCUGUGUAAUUCUGGAUUUUGUUGUUGAUGUACAUAUAGAUCGCCUUACGUGGCCUGAAUUUUACUGAUCAACUAUUUUUUCCUUAGCACAUUCUCAACUUGCACAGUAAUUUCUCUAAAUGUAUUGCAGGUCCUCUUUUCUUCAACAUCUCGUAAAUUAUUGCUGCAUUUUCAGAUGGCUAAAAAGUUAUUGGUUUUAAAAUAAACAGUACAACAAGACUUGUUAUUCAUCUCAAACCAAGCUUUGAGUCGCAUUCCAUGCCUGUCGGGGAGAUUUAAUUAAACACACAUAAGCACAGUGAUAAAAAAA